CUCAGGCGACAGACAGUCACACACUGAGUGUCCCGCACGUCACCCGCACGCCACCCGCGCGCCCGGCUUCCUCCAGGUGCGGCGUCGGCGCCGGGCAUUUUUCCCCAGAUGGGAGGAGCUCCACGGACACGCCCCUGCUCGCUCCACCGCGGCAGGAGAAAAAGCCUCUAGGAAAUGCAGCACGCCGACACGGCGCUGCCGGCACAUGAGAGAAAGCAGCCCCCUUUCGCGCUCUCAUCAUCAGCACUGCGAUCAAGAUCGGGACGAUCGGAGCUCUUGUUCCUCCCGGAAUCGCGGGCCCGUCCUUUUUUUUUUUCCCCUUUGUCUCGCUCUCGGCUUUUUCCUCUCCUCCUCCUGCUCCCGCUUUUGCGCUGGAUCUGCCGUGUAGGAAGAUGUGCGUGGAGAGCGACGGCUGCGAGAUGGAGGGCUGCAGCAGCUCGGACGAGGUGCACACGCUCUCGGGCACCAUGAGCCCCGGCCUCAAGUCGAACCCCGACCUGCGCUCCUGCAGGACCGGACACAAGUUCCGCGCCGCGCUGCUGCGCUGCAGGUCGCCCACGGCCGCCGCCGGGAUCCUCAGUUUCGGGAAUGUGCUCAAUUACAUGGACAGGUACACGGUGGCAGGUGUUCUCCUUGACAUCCAGAAGCAUUUCAGUGUCACUGACAGCCAGGCUGGCUUACUACAGACAGUCUUCAUCUGCAGCUUCAUGGUGGCCGCACCCAUCUUCGGCUACCUUGGUGAUCGCUUCAACAGGAAGAUCAUUCUGAGCUGUGGCAUCUUCUUCUGGUCUGCCGUAACCCUCUCCAGUUCCUUCAUCACCAAAGAGUAUUACUGGCUGUUUGUCCUGUCAAGGGGACUAGUUGGCAUUGGGGAAUCCAGCUAUUCUUCCAUCUCCCCCACCAUCAUCGGUGACCUCUUCACUAACAACUCUCGGACCAUGAUGCUCUCCUUCUUCUACCUGGCAAUUCCCCUGGGCAGUGGACUGGGCUAUAUCUUGGGCUCAAGUGCAAAGGAAGCAGCCGGAGACUGGCACUGGGCACUAAGGGUGUCUCCAGUUCUGGGGAUGACAGCAGGGACCCUGAUCCUGUUCUUCGUACCUGAGCCCAAGCGGGGAAGUGCAGACCAGCUCGGUGGUCGUCUGAAGACCCGUACACCUUGGACGUGUGACAUGAAAGCACUGGCCAAAAACCGCAGCUACGUGUUCUCCUCCCUGGCCUCUGCUGCUGUCUCCUUCGCCACGGGAGCUUUUGGUGUAUGGAUCCCGCAGUAUCUCUUCAGGGCGCAGGUGGUCCAGAAGGCUGUUGUGCCUUGCACUCAGGAACCAUGCAGUAGCAAGGACAGUUUGAUUUUUGGUGCCAUCACCUGCGUGACUGGAUUGCUGGGGGUGCUGAUCGGAGCAGCCACCACUCGUCUUUGCCGCCAGAAGACCGAGAGGGCAGAUCCACUGGUGUGUGCUGUCAGCAUGCUGGGUUCUGCCAUCUUCAUCUGCCUCAUUUUUGUUGUGGCCAAGAAGAGCAUUGUGGGAGCCUAUGUCUGCAUUUUCAUAGGGGAAACACUGCUAUUCUUAAAUUGGGCCAUUACUGCAGACAUAUUAAUGUAUGUAGUCAUCCCAACACGCAGAGCCACAGCUGUUGCUUUCCAAGGCUUCACUUCACACAUCCUUGGAGAUGCUGGAAGUCCUUACCUGAUUGGCUUGAUCUCAGAUGCCCUGCAGCAGAGCUACACUGACUCAGUCCUGUGGCAGUUCCUCAGCCUGGGCUAUGCACUCAUGCUGUGUCCCUUUGUCAUCGUCCUUGGAGGGAUGUUCUUCCUCGCCACAGCCCUCUUCUUUCUUGAUGACCGGGACAAAGCAGAGAAACAAUUGAGCCAACUCAGUAGGUCGCCGUCAUCAGUCAAGAUAUGAUAAGGUCUCAAAAUGAAGGGACCUGCCAUAUGAACAGAAGGAGCAAUUUUGUAGAGGCCUAAAAGUGUGAGGGGACAGAGAAAGAAAAGAAGUGCUUAUCUGCAGACCACGGCCAUCCAUCUACAUAAUGCUUGCUGUCCUUGCUCACAUCAUGACCAUUGCAUUUUUUGACACUCCAUAACUGGAAUGAAGGAGCGCUCUACACUUAUCCAAAGAAGCUUCUAUUGCACCGCUGAUUUGUCUGUACAGAGCGUCAAACACAUGGGACUGGCCAUACAGCAACAGGGGCCCAGAUCAAGGAUAAGGGCCCACAGCACAGCAGAUGCAUCAGGAAGUCCCCCUCACAGUGCCAUGCUACUGAACGCUGGAGGACAUAUUUUAAUGCUUGUCAAUCCGCACCAAGUGCCAUAUCACUACAUUCCUUCACCAACUCUGCACUGACUACAGCUGUCACCAGGAAGUCACUGACAAAGCUAAAGCUGUGACUUCUCAGAUUGCCCACAAGCAUGAACAUCUGGUGGACCAGCCUUAAACCGAUAAAUCCAGAUUUGAUCUGCUGUUAUUUUUUCCCAGUGUCACUUUUUGUUUUGUUUAGGCACUUACAUGUACAAAGUUCCAACAUCACAAUAUCGUAAACAAUCUGUGAAACAGAGCUGAAUUUCCACUAUCAUCAUGGCAAAGGUUUUUCAUGCUGUUUUUAUAUAUACAUAUAAUAUCACUGAUAUAUAGACGGAUAUAUAUAUGUAUAUACAUAUAUAUAAAACAUUCAGAUGUAUUGACAUCCAGUUCCAUUAAUACGUAUAUACAUAUUAAUGGAACUGGGGGUCAAUACCUCUGAAUGUUCCUGAGAACAGGUUCAGGCUUAUCCCACAUCUGUGUGGAAGAACACUGGAGGGUAUGAAAAAGGUGGCUCAACAUAAAAGAAUUUGUCAGAAACUUCACGUUUUGAAAAUUAGAGCUUCUUGGGCCAUGUAUUGCAACUAAACAGGGAAAUGCAGAGUCUAUUGAUGUCAACAAAACAAGUCCACAGAAGGAAAAAAAAUCUUCCUCAUCAAUUUUAAGUUUUUUUUAUGUUUUUUUCAAAAUUGCUUUGCGUAUCCAAAAAGACUUACACUGAAAAAUCUCAUAUUUAGUCACAACCUGACAGAAACAAGUUACCAUACUUAUUAUUGCUGCUGUGGAGAGAUAAGUCCAGCUAGUUUACUUCAGCUUUUUCUGCAUUCUGUGAGGAAGCAUUUAGAACAGAUAGGUUUCUUCCCAGCUAGCGUGUUUACACUGCAAAGGAAUCUUCUAUGGCUUUUUUUGUGAUUCUUUGUUGAUUUUUUUUUUACAGAUGAGAUUUUACAU